AUGGUUUCAGGAUCUGAAAUCUUUCCUUCCGCAGGAACUGUGCACAACACGGUCAUCUCCGAAGCGGUGCUCGCGAGAAGCCUUCCCCCUGCCCUGACCGUGGAAAGCGUCUCAGCCAGAGCUCCGACCUGCUGCAGCACCGUCAGAUUCAUGGGCGGUCAGCCCUGCAAGUGCGGGGCCUACGGGAGGGGUUUUACUCAGAGUGCAUCCCUCCUCCAGCACCGGUGGGUCCACAGCGACUGGCGAGAGGCCUUGUCGCUGUCCCCAGUGCGGCAAGACCUGCUGUGUCCGCUCCAACUUCAUCAAGCACCAGCGAGUCCACUCAGGAGAAGCCAUUCGUCUGCGGGAGUGCGGCAAGGGCUUAGCGGCCAGCUCUGCUGCUGGCUGGCCAAAGCCCUGCGUCUGUCCCCAGGGCCAGCAAGUUUUUGGGGACCGGGGGAAGCUGAUCCGCCACCAGUGAAUUCACACAGGAGAGCGUCCUUCUGCUGCUGCAGUUGCGGUGACAGCGUCAGUGAGAAGACCUCCCUCUCCCAGCGUGUCCUCCCGCACCCAGGGGAGAAGCCCUGCAGGCGCGGAAUCGUGGAGAGCGUCAGCCUCGCACCCAGCUCAGUCGCCCCGGGCAGCACCUCCGGACUCCGGCCUUGUGGGAGCCCCGGGUCCUUCCUUCAACAUCUGCCCCCAUCCACACUCCUGCCUCGACUUCCCUUCCUUUAUCCUGUCCCCCUACUCAGUCUCCAGCCUCUGGUUCCACCCAGCCUUCCCCAGAUUCCUCCUCGCGCCCCAUCUGGUCUCCUUCGCUCAUCGCCCGCGUUCCCCGGCAUGGAGCAGCCCGCCCUCAGCCCUCCUCCACUCACCCCUUCCAGAUCCCCUGCAAAGCCCAGAUGCGAAUCCGCCGUCGGUGGGGAACUGGGGGCAGCCGUGUCCGCCAGUUUUUUCCUGCUCCGGGUGCGGGAAGCUUCUCCCGCACCGGCACACCCACGUCGGGGAGCAGCCUUGCCUCUGUUGCACCCAGAGUUCCUCCUCGGUCCAGCGCAGGGAGACCCACUCCGCCGAAAAGCCACAUCUGUGUGCGGAGGGCGGCCGCGGCUGCCCAGCACGUGCACCUGGCCAAGCCCCAGCGCGUGCACCCCGGUAGCGGCCGUUCCCUGCCCGCAGUGCCUGCAGUGCCUCCGGGAGGCCUGGAAGUUGCCCAGGUUCCGCCAACCGCCCAGCCGGCAGCUCAGCAGGAGGGGGCGAAGGGGCCCAGAAGCUGUGCGAGUGCGGGACGGGACUCGCGGGAGGCGGUUCAGGCCCCAGGCUACCCUGAACCAGCCCGGGAGGCCUCGCAGCACAGAGCGGCCUGACCGCUCUGCCAGGCCGGAGCCAGGCUUCGGCGACAGUGCCAAGCUCUUCCGCCACCCUCAAACCCACACUGGAGAGGAGCCCUACCAGUGUUUCCUGUGUGGAAGGCCUCCAGCCGGAGGUCCAACCUGGCCCAACACUGUAGAACUAGCGUGCUGCAGCCCCGGGUGGACUGUGGAUCUGAGAUGCAGUCCCCUCCCUCCACACAGACCCGCUCAGGACGGCUUUUCUAGAGGGCAGCGUACAGAGGUGACAGCCCAGAAAAGCACAGACUACCUGACAGCCCGGACCAGUGAGUAG